AUGUCAAUCAACACAGCAUUCCACCUCAUGGGCGCCCAGAAGGAGGAGUUUGGAAGCAUUCUGCAUGGCUUCAGCAUGGGAUGUGAAGAAGGGGGAGGUGCAGCAGCUGCUGGAGGGCCUUUGAGCAAGGACCUGCUGGCACAGGCGUGGGGCGUGGAGGAGGGGGAGGUGCAGCAGCUGCUGGCGGCGCAGCAGGAGAGCGUUUUCGUCAAAGUCACUCCGCAGCUUCGUGCAGAGCUGGAAAACUAUGGGGAGGGUGAGGAGGAGGAGAUUGGGGAGGCGGAGGACGAGGAGGAUAUUGAGGAGGCUGAGUGGUCUGAGGAGGAGGGUAUUGAUGAGGGGAAUGAUCAGCCGCACGUUGGCAAGGGAGCCAAGCGCAGUGUGAGCAUCUUUACGGAUUUCACUUACAACCUGGAGGCCCGCCAGCCGGACAUUUACGUGAAGCGCGGCGGCAACAUGACAGUUGCAAAUGGAUAUAAGCUCCCAGCGUUCCGCAAAGUGGGCUUUGCAGUGGCGCGCUUCAGCCUGGAGGGCAACGCCAUGACGACACCGAGAUGGCUGGCGAAUGCGGCGGCCAUGCUGUAUGUCACCAAGGGCAAGGGCCGUGUGGAGAUCGCCUACCCCGAUGGCAGGCAGGCGCUGCGCCAUGACGUGAAGGAGGGGGACUUUGUGGUUGUGCCCGCCAGCUACCCACAUGCUGCUGUAGCCAGGGGCCUGGUCCCAACGGAGGGGGGCGCGCCUGGCGGGGCGGGGGCGGCGGGGCAGCAGAGGAAGGGCGCGCGCAUUCUGGCGGCUGAGACCUUCGCUCACCACGCCCCUCUGCCCGACUACCUCGACCACAUCCCCCGCCGCCAGACCCUCGCCACCUCCCGUCCCUGCUCUCCUUGGCUCUCAUUUCUCUGCCCCCCUUGCCUCUCAUUCCUCUGCUCCUUGCCUCUCAUUCCUCUGCUCCUUGCCUCUCAUUCCUCUGCUCCCCUUGCCUCUCAUUCCUCUGCUCCCGCUGCCCCUCAUUCCUCUGCUCCCUUUGUCUCUCAUCCCUCUCCGCUGCUCAUUCUUCUGCUCCUCUUGCCUCUCAUUCCUCUGCUCCCCUUGCCUCUCAUUCCUUUGCUCCCGUUGCCUCCUCUGUUGUGUGCUGAAGUGUAUGCGUGCAUGGCGGUGACAAUCUGGGCCCAUAUUCAGUGCCUGGGGUUUGACCUGCACAGCUUGACUCACUCACCUCUUCCUUUCCCCUCUGCCCUCCCUCCUACUCCUCCCAGCGUGUGGGCGCACGACGGUGACGAUCCGCUCGCAGUAACUGGGGCCUGCUUCAACUUCGGCAACGUGUGGGAGGGCAUCCUCGACAACCCCGAUCCCAACCCCUCGCAGUACCAGCAAGGCGAAAUCUUCGUGCAGACCACGCCGGGGUACUGUGAGAUGCGCAUGAACCGCGGGGCUAGCGGCACUCUGCAGAUGCUCCCCGGGGAGACGGUCAACAUUGUGUAUGCGUACUUGUGGGACUUCCGGCCCUGCGUGCAGGAGCUGCGCUUCGGCAACGGCAACAGCUACUCCAUGACCAACACCACCGAGUGCACGCUUGCAGCUGUCAUUUAG